AUGCCAGAUCAUGAUGCGCCUCGCAGUGUGUCUGGGGAAAUCGAUCUAGACUCUGACGUUGAGUCCCAUAUAGAUCAAGCUGAAAAUGAAAGUGGUGCUCAUGGCCCAAAUAAGCCGGGCAGGAAAAAAAACCCAAACUCUCAGGCAGCGCGUCGCGACCAGAAUCGUAUUGCCCAGCGUGAGUUUCGUCUGAGGAAGCAGCAAAGGAUCCGUGACCUCGAAGCACGCGUGGAAUUGCUUUCUGCGUCCCAAGAUGAAGCUCUGAUCGACUGUAGAGCAGUUAUGAGGGAUCUUAUGGCUGAAAAUCACGUCCUUCGCGGCCUCCUAAAGAGCGUAGCCGGUUUUAUCGGGGAUGGUGCCGGUGGUGUGCUGGUGAAGCUUGGUUGGGACAUGACAGACUUUGACAGCUUCGUCAAUAAGUCGGAAACUGACACUGCAUGGGAGAGUUUCCAAGCCCGCAAACAUUCUCAGAAGACUUCCCAAACAUCUAACGCAAUGACUUCAAUGCUUGGGGAACCGAGUAAUACAGCAAAACGUCCAGCAGAAGACGACGGAGGGUCUGCACCAGCGAAGAAGUCAAGAGGCAUGAGUAGCUCAGAACAAAACGGCGACCGCCGGGAUUCUUACUCGCUCAUGCUACCUAUGAGCUCUGCGGUGCCUCCCGCUAGCUCCUUAUAUCCACCACCACCCCCGCCAGGACGUUCUUCUCAGGACAAUUUGUUUUCGGAUCUCAUGCAAUCAGGGAAUUCGCCUGUCUUCAUGCCCACUACGACUUCUAGCACCCCAAGUCAUUAUGCUACCUCGGCUGAUUAUCAGUCUUAUAUGCCCCAAAUGAACAUGAACGUUGAGCAACGCUUAGGGGCAAUGUCCUACUCGAGCAAAACAAAUCCAGCCGUCCCUGCUCCACAUCGGGUGUUACCUCAAAAUACAUUAACCAACGAAGAACCUGAUGAUAACGACGUGGCAGAACUCCGAGAUCCCAAAAAGAUCGAAGCUAUGAAAUUAAUCAAGUAUCAUCUCGACAAUUUCAUGAGAAACGGUGCUUAUUGUCUUCCGGCGUCAUUACGACCAACUCUGGUACAGAGAACGAUUAAUCAUGAAAGUGUUAUCGACCGUAUUAUAUAUCCUGAGCUCAGGGAUCGUGUAAUCCUCCUUCGAGGGCAACUUUCCUUAGCAGACUGUCUUUUUGACUACAAGAAAGCAAUCAAGCUUCAUGGAGACGAUGUUCUUGCCCAGCACAACUGGGAACUUUCUGAAUGGUGGUUGCGGAAAUACAGUUACCUUAUCGAUAAGACGACUUUGAAUAUCUGUAAUCGCUGGAGGCACGAACGCGGUGAACCCGACUUGUCGCUAUCCGACAUUGGUGCUCAAGGAGAGUCACCUGCAUCCUAG